AUGGACUGGUCAUUGGUGGCAGAGGGCGUUCGACCACCUUUGGAUCGACCACCUACAGCGUGGAAUGACACUGUGGAUUUUAUGGAUGUUGCUGUUCAUGUUCAAGCUAGUGGUUUUCUUGAUGCUUGUACUAUCCAUACUUUGACUGUGGCGCACCAUCAUCUUGCACCAAACUCUAUGGUGUUGAAUACUUGGAUUGCACCUCCAUGCAAUCCUGUCAAGAAACGACUCUAUGGUUUUGGCCGGGUUUCGAAAGACCACGGUUUGAAUCAUGAUGUGGUUAAUCCACGGUCCAUGAUCCAUUUUGCUUGGCCAUAUCUUUCCGCUGAGGAUCGACUUACGGCAAUACAGGCAUCUUUUGUUUGGAAGCAGUAUGCAGAGUUGCGCCGUUUUGCAUGUGUUACUUCUCUCAAGUCCUUGCAACUUCCACGUCUCUUGGUGGCUGAUGAAAAGGUUCCCACUACUUUGGAUCCACAUCGAGCAUGGCUGAAUUCAGCCGCUUUGCUACGAUUUGAUUUCAAUCAUGGUGAUUUCGUUCGCUGGCUCGGCGGUCCAACAAAGGGCGUGACUUCAAUCUUGAAUGGGAUGUCAUUGAAUCCCAUUUGA